AUGGUUCGAUUAAAUCAUGCAGCAUCGUAUUUUAUGCCCGUUUUCUGCUCUACAAGGCCUCAUAUAGUGGUAGUUUCUGCGUUGCUUAGUAUUUCGCUAUUCUCACUAUUCUAUGUGUCGUCCGAGUUACUACUGCACGAGUAUGAUGAUCCAUUGAUGUUCAAACCAAAUUCGCAGGACUAUUUCAGAACUUUUCUUCUGGGGCUCUUUUCGCCAUUUCUUUAUUAUUUCCUGAAGACCUUUCUAUUUAAUAUAAAUCAAAGGUUUUUAAUAUUGAACCUGAUAGUGGAUUUUCCCAUCAACGACGCCUUUAUGCUUAUAAUACUGAUUGGUUUGGCGUACCCGCAGGUGCAAGAUCAUGAAGGCAGUACGAGCAAGCACAAGGAAUCUUCUUGGCAUAUCAUUCCAAGGCAAGCCUAUAUCUUUGGCAUAUCAUGGGCAUUGGGUGAGUUCACUAUAUGCAUAAUAGGGAAUUUGUUUAACUAUCAAGAAAUGGCCGAUCCAAACAUUAAUAGUGGUUUCACACACCAAGAAAGCGCCAACACUAACUCUAACAAUAAUAAUAUGAGCCAUAAAGAUGACCGCGGUUGUGGUACAGAACAUCAUCACAACUUCGUAGAGAGAAGUGAUAUUACAUUAUCCAAAUGUAUCGAAGUAAGAAACGACUCAUCUUUAAUAUCGAAUAACGUAUAUUCGUCUGAGUACCACCCAAUCAAACCUCUACAUUCCUCGUCAUCAGCUUAUGGCAGCAUACAACAGCAAUCUCAUGAGAAUAAGAAGCAGCAACAUGUACCGGAUAAUUCGCAGGACGAUACAAUUAUCAUGAUGAACCCCAUCGACAAUUCAUUAAAGCUGACAACUCUAGAUACGGAUGACUUGAGCUUCCCCUUAAACGAAGAAGAACCCAUUUUGAAGAAAUCUUUUGGUUACACAUGGGCGAUCCCUAAUGAGAAUACUCAAAAUACCACUAAAAGCUUUACAUCCAUAAAGAGGUUUCUUGCAUUUAGCACGGCAUACCAAUUGGUUACUGGCUUAUUGUUGAUGGUAUUGGUAGUUGGUAGCAACAUCAUGUUGACAAUUGGGGAAUCAUUGAUCUUGUCGAUGUACUUCGUCUAUGUUCGCGGUCAUGAAGGAUUGUUUACACCCGUGGUAAACUACUUUGGCUCAAGAACCAUUUCAAAUUUCAUUUUAUGCGUAAUAAUUCCAUUUAUAUCCCUAAACUUCCUCAUCAACACUACGAUAUAUUUAAGAAGAGAGCUGGACGAUUGGUUUAAUGAUUCACAAGGGGAGUUUGAGGAGGACGACGAGCAUGCCGCCAGUAAGAAGCUAGCUGCAAAUCAAGAGUAUCAACAUCCACUGAGUGCAAAUUACAUGUCGAUGGAUAAUCCUGAUGUAAUAAAUAGCAGCCCGGGUCACUUCGGGUUGAAUUCAGGCCAGCUGUUAGGUAAUUCGGCGUUAUAUUAUGGUAGUUCAAAUGGGGAUUAUGAUGAUAUGACCAGUGACUCCGCUUUAUUAAGAUUCUGCAAAAAGCUAGUCAAAAGUUGGAGGGCUCUAGCAAGAAAUGAUUCUUUUGUACUUGGGGUAAUGGUUUCCUGGAGUCUUCUUGUUUUCGUGACGGGUAUAGUUUCAACAGUUUAUAUAUAG